UUUCGCAGGCCACGUGGGGAGUUUGGAAACAUGGCGGGUCUGGAGCUGUUGUCGGACCAGGGCUACCGUUUGGAUGGAAGAAAAGCCACCGAACUGCGGAAGGUCCAGGCCCGGAUGGGAGUGUUCGCUCAGGCGGACGGGUCGGCGUACAUCGAGCAGGGAAACACCAAAGCUCUGGCUGUUGUUUACGGGCCACAUGAAAUGAGAGGAUCCCGAAGUCGCACUCUUCAUGAUCGCGCUGUUAUAAAUUGUCAGUACAGCAUGGCCACGUUCAGCACAGCAGAAAGAAAGAGAAGACCUCACGGAGACAAGAAGUCCACAGAGAUGAGCCUCCAUCUAAAACAAACCUUUGAAGCAGCGAUCCUGACCCAGCUCUACCCACGCUCCCAGAUAGACAUUUUUGUCAAGAUCCUGCAGGCAGAUGGAGGAAACUACAGUGUGUGUGUAAAUGCUGCUACUCUGGCAGUGAUUGAUGCGGGGAUCCCGAUGCGGGACUACGUUUGUGCUUGUACAGUGGGUUUUGUGGACGAGACGCCGCUGGCCGACCUCUGCUACACAGAAGAGAAUGGAGGGGUCAGCUCACUGGCCUUGGCACUGCUGCCCCGCGGGGGACAAAUCGCUCUACUUCAGAUGGAUGCCAGAUUACAUCAAGAUCAUCUGGAAACAAUGAUGGAGGCUGCAAUGAUCGCCUGUAAAGGUGUGAGCAAGGUGCUAGACGAGGUCGUACGACAGCAUCUGCAAGAGGCGUCAGCGCUCAGUAGAGACUGAAGAACCACAGCUGAUACGAGAACAUGGACCUGUUUAACCAGUUACACAGCUGCUGUGAUUCUGUUGGAGUUCAUCUUAUGCAACAACAUUCAUGUCCGUCAUCAUUCAUCAGAGCAGGAAUUUAUCACAGCAGAUCAAAAAGUAUUCAACUGGACACAUGGUAAAGUUCAAGAGUGUAAAUAUGUCAGUACAUUCCUGUAAUUGUUUUCAAUAAAUAUGACUAUUGCUGUGAAUCAAUACACAGUGCACUUAAGAACAUAGUUUAAUUGAUCAAUAUUGGAACCAUUCUGCAUUUUAUUAAAAAUACAUAGAUUACAACCAUGUCACACUUAAAAAUGUACUAAUAACUUUUUAUUAACUUUUAUGGGACAGCUGUUUAGGGGCUCGUUUUGAACAAAUUUAACUUGUGGAACAGCUGCAUGGUUUUUCAGCUGUGCUUUUUCCUCUGCCAGUCAAGUGUGUUCAUAUUAAUGGAUCGUGUCUGUCUUUAAUUUGUUAUUUUUCUCUAAAUAUAUUACAUAUAUUGUUUGUUAAAUUGUGUCCUGGAUUUUUUUUUUUUUUUUGAAUAAAUAAAAAAAAUCCAUACAAGAGGG